AUGGGUGCAAUUGCUAAUUAUUUGGUUCUUUCGUUGCCUCAAUCUACCAAUGCCCAUGACUGGUUGACCCAGGAGUUGAUUGGUGGAAAGGCACCUUUGUACAAGAUCAAAUUGCCAGACUUCCAGAGCGGUACUUUGGACUCGUUGGUGCAAGAAAGUGACGAGUUGUCCAAAUACGAUCAACAAUUGUCCGCAUCUGUUUCCAAGGUGAUUGACAUCUUGAGCACUGUAACUGAAUCGGAUUCUACAUCCAGAGUGGUCAACUCAAAACAAGCUACCGACUUCAUUCAAUCAUUCACCUGGAACACCACCAAGUACAGAUUAGAUAAGCCUAUAAACCAGUUGGUAAAGAUACUUUCCAACGAAGCUCUCACAUUGGAUAAUGAUGUGAGAACUUCGUACCAGAAUUACCAGGCUGCUAAGUCGAACUUCUUAGCAGCUGACAGAAAGAAGAAUGGUGAUUUAUCCAUCAAGUCGUUGCACGAGAUCGUCAGGCCGGAACAAUUCGUGUUGGACUCCGAACAUUUGGCUACUGUUCUCAUUGCUGUACCCAAGAAUUUAAAAUCUGACUUCGAAGAUUCCUACGAAACUUUAACUCAGUUUGUAAUCCCAAGAUCAGCCGCCGUCAUCGCUACCGAUCUGGAAUAUUUAUUAUACACGGUGACCCUCUUCAAAAAAUACCAGCAGGAGUUUACCGCUGCAGCCAGGGAGCACAAAUGGCAUCCACGUACAGACUUUAUAUACUCGGAGGAGACCUUGAAUAACUUGAGAAAGGAGUUCGACAUAACUAGAGCAACAGAGUCCAAGGCUAAGAACGACUUGAUCAGAUUGGCCAAAACUGCAUAUUCCGAUAUUUUUGCUUGUUGGUUUCACAUCAGGGCAAUAAGAGUGUACGUUGAAUCUGUCUUGAGAUACGGGUUACCCCCACAAUUUGACUACUAUUUGAUUAAGUUUGAUGGCGCUAAUGCAAAGAAUGUGUCAAAAGCCAAAAAGGAAUUAAUUGGCAAAUUUGGCUUUUUGGGUGGAGAUGGCUUUUCCAAUACCAGCAAUCUUCACGAAUACGCCUCUUUGGUUGAUACUGAGUAUGAGCCUUUCGUCUUGUACGAACUUGAGGUGGUUUAA